GCAGUCUAAUUUUUAGCUAAUGUGAUAUCUUUCCAUUAAGGGCAGAUUACUACUCUUUUUGAAAUCUCACCUUCUGGCACCAUUUAUUUCUACUCUUUAAAACCUCACAUUGAAUUCGGUCCCUCUUUCUCUCUCCCUCUUUCUUGAGGGAAAGGAAAAGAUUGAGGUGAACUAUAGUCUCUGGAAAUACAUCUCUUUCUGGGCUUCUUCUCCAUUUGGUCUUGGACUUCUUUCUUGCUACUGCAUGGAAUUCUUCAUAUUACAUGAUCCAUCCUGAAAGCGGCAUUCCGGGUGAGUUUUCUCAAUCUUUCUUUCCAAAAGAUGGACCGGGUUCUCCUCGAAAUCAAAGAACAAAACUUUGCUGCUCCAUCACAAUCAAAUUUCCUUUCUCAGUCAGUACCCCCCCCUCCAUCACCCGCUAUUCAGUCUGAUGGCUUCAAUUUGAACAACAGGGUCAGUCCAAGCGUAUUGCUCAUCAUUAUAAUUCUUGCUAUCAUCUUCUUUGUUUCUGGUUUGCUUCACCUUCUUGUUAGAUUCCUCAUAAGACCCCAUAAUAGAGACCCAGAUGAUUUGGAGAGUGUGACUGCUCUUCAAGGGCAAUUGCAGCAACUCUUCCAUCUGCAUGAUGCUGGGGUUGACCAGUCCUACAUAGACACCCUCCCUGUAUUCCAUUACAAAGCCAUUAUAGGGUUGAAGAACCCGUUUGACUGCGCUGUCUGUCUGUGUGAAUUUGAGACUGAAGACAAACUCAGGUUGUUGCCAAAAUGCAGCCACGCCUUCCACAUGGAAUGCAUAGACACAUGGCUCUUGUCCCAUUCCACUUGCCCACUCUGUCGGGCUACCUUGCUCCCUGAUUUCUCUCCAAAUCACAACUGCUCACCCAUUGUAUUUGUUCUUGAAUCUGGAAGUGAGAGCUCAAGAGAGAUUAUCUCAGAGGCUCCUACUCUUGGCAGAACCAGUUCAGUCGGAGGAGUCGGUCCCCAUCUGGGUUCUCAUGCUGCCAAUGAAUCUACCCGCAUCGAUUUAUCGCAGAAGUCCGGAGAUUUUUCUGAAAAAGACGAUACCAGCCCAGUAGUAGUGGGGGAUUCAGAAUCAAAAGUAGUGCCCGUAAAGCUCGGAAAGUUCAGGAACGUGGAUGGUGGUGAAGGAAGUAGCAACAACAAUGCCGAUGCAAGAAGGUGCUUCUCAAUGGGGUCAUUUGCUUAUGUAAUGGACGAGAAUUCUUCAUUGCAAGUACCCAUUAGAACCCCCAUAAAGAAGCAGUCGAGUAAGAAGCCUUCUUUGCCAUUAACACCUGGACACAGGCCAGCAAUGUCUGAAUGUGACUGCGAAUCUGCAAGAGAAUUCAAGUUCAACGGGUUUGAAGCAAGUAAGAACUUCGAAGCUUAUGGAGGUGCUAGUAUUAGCAAUGCCAGUAGCGAUGGCAAUGCUAUUGGGAGGAACAAAAGAGAGAGCUUCUCCAUAUCAAAGAUUUGGCUCCGAGGAAAGGACAAGCCGAAUGCAGCAGCUGAUGCAUCGAGGCGGACCGUUUCGUUCCGGUUUCCGGUCCACAUCACUGCUGAAGAUUUGAAGGCCAAGAAUGGGAAUAUUAAUGGUGCAAGGAGGAGUAUUUCUGAGUUUGACAUUAGGAGCUUAGAGAAUGGAGGAAGUGAAAUGGGUGGUGACGAUGAAAGGCAGAUCUGUAACAGUUUAGAUUCUCAGACAAAUGCUCCAUCUUUUGCAAGGCGGACAUUGCUCUGGCUUACGGGAAAACAGAACAAGGUGGUUCACUCGUCCUCAGCUCCCAAUGUCUAGUUUCCAUUUUUUUUUUUCUUUGAUAGUUAAUUUGCUAUUUGAUUGCCAAUCAUGGCAAGGCAUAAUUGGAAGAUUUAAGGUAGAAAAUAGAGAGAGAAGAUUUGAAAGGUGAAA